AACCUCAAACCGUGAAGUCACUUCGAUCAAAGCGGGCAAGGGAAUAUUCGAUAUCGUACAGAAUAUUUGAUUUAAAUAAAGGAAUUUCCACAGAAUAUCAAAAUGGGCGCCGUGCAGCCAGGAGCAGUUGUGAGCAUUGAACACACCUGGGUGCACUCGACUCCAUACGCCGCACUGCCCCCCUAUGCUGUCAUCGGUGGCCACGACUCGGACCGCAGUCCCAUCUAUGUGGGCCGCUCCUUCCACGAGGGCGAGAACCUGCCCGCCAAGGUGAUUCCCAGCAAGGGCUGUGCCUACGUCGCCUACGGCGGGGCGGAGCACUCGAAGACGCACUACGAGGUGCUGGUGGGACAGGGAUUCGCCUGGGUGCCCAGCUGCAGCGGCGGUGUGCCACCCAAUGCUGUGCGCAGCGGCAGCACACGCACCGGGGAGCCGCUCUACGUGGGUCGGGGCCACCAUGCCGGCAGCUUGAGCGUCGGAAAGGUGCAUCCCUCGCACGGCUGCCUCUACAUCCCCUUCGGCGGACAGGAGGUGCGCAUCAACACCUAUGAAGUGCUCAUCUAUCAGCAGCAGGACGUUUGGGUCCCGGCCUCGCCAGCCUACACUCCGCCCGGUGCCGUUGUCGCUGGCCACGACUCGGAUCGGACCCCCAUUUACGCCGGACGGGCCAUGCACGAGGGCGAGAUGCUGCCGGCCAAGGUGAUUCCCAGCAAGGGCUGCGCCUACGUCUGCUACGGCGGCUACGAAUUCCAGAAGCCCACGUACGAGGUGCUCACCGGCUACGGCUACGUCUGGGCCCAUGUCCACCAUCACGGCAUUCCGCCCAAUGCGGUGUCCACGGGUCGCGCCCGCAACGGGGAUCCCAUCUACUUCGGACGCGGACACCAUCAGGGCAGUCUGACACCGGGGCUGAUCUCGUCGCGCCAGCGCUGCCUCUACAUUCCCUACGGUGGCCGGGAGAUCCGUCUCGACUCGUACGAAGUGCUCUGCAGGCAGUGAACGCAAAAUGCCUGAUCCCUGAGCCACACUCUGCAUUUAGUAUCAUGAUCAACGUGUAAACCGUGUAAAAUCGAACCCAAUAAA